UGUGGAGAAAACAAAACAAGACAAGCUGCGACUGUGUUUUUGACUUCCAGCACGAUGAUGGAUGAGCUGGUGCAGGACCUGGUGUCUGCUCUGGAGCAGCCCUCGGAGCAGAGGAAGCUGUGGGAAGAAAUGGUCCUGAGUCCAUUGCAGCGGCGCAGACAAAUCCGCCGUCGUAGAGGCAGAAAGCGCUGUCGUGAAUCCUCCCUCUAUCCGCUGGAGCACAGAAGAUGCUGGAUCGAGGCUUCAGAGUCCAGUUUGGAUGAGGCCAGAGCAUACAGGGACAACCCUUCAGCAGCCACUGCUGCUUCAGUGGCCAACUGCAGUGACUCUGACGACAUGAAUUCAACUAGGCGAUGGCACCCCGUCAUUAGAGGCACGAUCAGGACUAGACAGCCCUCCUGGCCUGAGUCUGACUCCUAUACAGAGAAUAAUCCAGGGAGGCAGCUUAGGAGGCGCAGGAAAGUCAAGCGUAUGACCUCAGACAUCACAGUUACUCUGCAGCAGAAGUUGAGGGUUUCGGGUAUAGAUAGAAGGCGGAGACACCGGUCGUCCAGGACGCAACAUCUGUCAGGGAUGAAGAAGAGAUCUGGAGGUUGGGUUGGAGCAGAUCGCCAGACUGAGGGAGCCAGGCGGAUGGGAAGUGAGUGCUGGAAGAGGAGGAAGGCCAAGGAACACCGAGAUGCUGCAGACGAGAACAUGUCUGAGGGGGAAACCAGCAGCACAUGCAGCAGUGACCCCGGCCUGUUCACUAAUGAUGAGGGAAGACAAGGCGAUGACGAGCAGAGUGACUGGUUCUUCGAGGGAGACUGUGGAGUCGGGACGGGUGUGGUCGGCCUGCUGCCCAGCUGGGACUCAGACAGCCAGCUCUCCCUUGAGGAUUCACGUCCUUCACCCACCUUUCUGCAGCCUCCAAGACCCUCACACAGAGUUGCUGGGAAUCGUUAUCAUUCACGACUGAAACGAGUGCCUGGCUCUGCUGCUUGCUGCAUCAGGAGGGAUAGACGCAGGCUCCCCAGCAAGGCAAACGGCAUGCCAGUGUUUGUGCAGAGACUCAGACCCUUUUCUGAAGAUCCUUACCAGAGAGACUUUUGGCUGCCUUCUGUUGGAAAACGAGACAGAAACCAGUUCACACCGUUGUGUCCUAUUGACAUGGUGACGGAGAGCGCCCGUCUCAGAUGUUCCUAUUCACUCUGCAGAAACAGGCAGACUAACGUCACUUUGGGGCUGUUGAGCACAGGAGAGUCCAGGAGGAGGGAAACAGAAGCUGUGUCCAUCACAACAUCAGCCAGCAGCUCGUUUCAAAAUGAUCACCAGAGAGAGGAGGCGCAGGGAGCCAGCAACACCUCCACUCAGGAGGCUGUGGGACCAAAUGCAACAUUUUCACUGUCCUCCAAUCCAGCCCAUCCGGGGAGUCUCCCUCAGGGGGGACCAUAAACCUGGCCAGAUAAGUACACCUAAGUCCAGAAGAACCUACUAAAAGAAAAACUACCGUGCCAGAGAAAGAAAAGACUGAACCUCCUCUUGCUGCACAGUCUUAAGAGACAAAGAAAAAAUACAAUCACCACUCCUCAAAUCAGCAUGUUCCUGCUAGAUCCGUCUUUCCAGGUAGUGUAUUAAGCAUGACAAAUGUUAAUGCAAUCAAGCCUUGUUAACCCUCUGCCAUCUCCUCGAGGAAGAGAGCAGCUUCAAGAGGCUCCUCGUUCUACUCAAGACUUGACGGCUCCUCCUGUUUCCACACACACGGUCUCCGGGCCACCUGCUACCACACAAUCCAGCAAUUAUGUCCACUCUGGUAGCACAGUGUUUGUCAGUGGGAACACUGAGAAGGUAGUCAGGUUUGGUGCCAUGUAGGAUUUUGCUCUGCGUUAUGCAGCACGUAGGUAGCUCCGAGACAUAUUUGAGCAUCAGAAUGUUUAGCCACCACAUGCUGCUACAAAGUUCUGAGAGGCGGCCACCGAUAGAGAGCCACACAAAGUACAGGCCUCCUAUUAGCAUGGAUUUAAAACGCUACAGUUUGUACAAAGGUGCUCAUUAGCACUACACAGAGGGAGUGUGGUCGUGGUCCUCGGAGGCCUGCCUCUGUUCUCCUCAGCUUACCUUCCAUAUUCAAAUUUCCCCAAAUGUAUUUAAGUUCAAGGCUGCCUGCAAAUCCUUUUAAAGAGGCCGUUUUUCAGCUGGAUUAGUUGCUUUUGGGGCUUUGCAGAGGCAGAGAAAAGGAGUUGGAGGAGCUGCUGCAGACCGGAGAGGAGAGUCAAACACAGUCUUUUCACCUACCCUUGGGGUAUACAUUUCCCUGACUCCUGCACCAUCAGAUGCAUUAAAAGAUCAAUGGAGGCAUACAGUGAGAUCAAAUACAACACUUUUCCAGGCUGGUAAACAAGCUGUAUUUUCAGAGAAAUGCACAUUUAUAGGAGGCCAGUGAAGUAGGUUUAGCUCGACCUGAAUCAUAAAGGUGAUAACUGCUGUAGUCUUUAAAAACAAAAGUGUACUCCUGCACAUAAUCAAAUCAUCUCUGCUGGCAAGUAUCCUGGAGAAGUAUUUUACAAGGACAGCAAAGUGAGUUUUGUUUCUGUCUAAAAUAAAAAGCUCAUUUUUGAAAUCUUCCUCGCACCAAACACACAGGUAUGCACUUUGUAUAAUAAGCAUACAAAACCUGUUUAGGAAAGCAACCACAUUAUCUUCAGCUGCACACUGCAUGUCUUUUUAGACACUUUAAAGCCUUAUUUAAGAGAAGAAUUGCAUUUAGUAGAAUGAGAUUUGCCAAUUAAUGUGAGUUAUACGUCUGCAAUAAUCCGUCUGAGAAGACUUUAUGUGAUCAUGUUGGCCAGGGAUGACAUUUAUAAAUGCUGUGUGUGCACACUCGUCUAAAUGGAUGCUUCACACAAGACAUCCUGCCACAGGAAUCAGUCAAAGUGUUGAGGCAGGGAGCAACCCCCAUCCCCUCCCUCGCAGAUACUCCCCAUAUGUCCACUGGAAGUCCAGUAGUUGGCUCUUCCCAGGCCAGAAAACGCAGCUGAUUGAUAGGACUCACAUCGGAUGAGCUUAGUAAUUAGAAAAAAGGAGCUUUUGAUAAAUACAUUGGUGACUUCUUUGAGACAUAUGUCCCUUGAUGCUGACAGGUAUUGACUGUGUGGUGUUUUAAGGAGCGCUUCUUGCUGUUGCCUUAUCCGUCAGUCCGUGUUUUGGUGCCAAGGCAUUGACGGGGGGAGGAAGACGCAUCAUUCCAGAUACAGUUCCAUUAGCAGCACGAGUGGGGAAGCACCUCGCCUGCCUCUGUGGUAAUUAGCAGUCACUAUAACGACAUCCCAGACAGACUGUAUGCCCCCAAAAUGCAUUUCCAAUGGCCAGGAAGUGGGGGAAACGGCUUCCGCACAGCCAGUCAAUUGCCCUGUUACAGUUAAGGAAUCCAGCGGCUUGGUACCACUCAUAUUUCAUCCCAGGUAAAGAUUACCUGUCAGGCCCAUGGGAGAUGUAUUGAUCUGUUUUCCUUUUUCCGCCAGCAAUCACCUGACAAAGGCACCUAGGAGGUGAGUGAAUGAGUGAUGCCUGGUCCGUUUGCUCGGGCGUAGUGGCUGCUAGUGUCCACUGAUGGGUGGAGAAGUGAUGAGGAAGAGGAGAGAUAAUGCAGUCAUAAACUCUGUUUGAACCUCCUCUGUAUGCAUGCAGGGCAGCCCCCCGGUCCCCCUGAGGUCACAGGUCAGUGGGGAAUUUGACUUUUUUUUUUGGCUCCUUUCUUGUCGGUGGCGUUUGUUCUUGCUGUGUAGACUGUAGUGAUGAUAGUAACACAUGCAAAAAGAGCCUCUCUGGUUCCUGCUGACAAAUGCAUGUUGCGAGUCACUGUAGUUCAACUCACUUUGGGUUUCAAAAGGGUUCCAGUUUGAUCUGUGAGCUCUCCUUACAAUGAAAGCCAACCUUGUGUGGUCAGGGUUUCUGGUGACUGUCAGUGUGGCAAUGCUGCACCAGCAAGGAUCAAUAUAUUUUACGUCAGCUCGUGAUUUCUUGGCAGCUAAAAGUAUUUAUGUAUUUGCCUUGUUUGAUUGAAUGUCAGAGUUGAUAUUAUCCAUAAAGCCAUGCAUUCAAAGUGAUAGCACUGUUUAAAAUGUGUAGUAUUUAUGAUGUGAUGCUUAAUUACAGGUCCAUUAAUUGAGGAUUUAGGGCUGAGGACAUUACAUACAUAAAUUCAAUUUGAUCUGAGAUAGCAGAUAUGUCUCUAAUUUUUUUUACUGUCGUAUUUUUUUAAUUUCAUUUACAAGGAUUUAAAUAUAUCUGCCUGUUAUCAGGGCACUUAGGCAGCUAUCUACAUUUGAUACGUAGUACAAAUAGCAUCUUAUCUCACAGGCUGUUAUCUUUAUAUUUAAUAGCAGUGGAGGCAUGCCUAAUUGCUUUGCAAAUGAUCUAGAGGAUUACUCCUCCCUUAGAAAGCCUGCACGGUGUCACUUGAUGUUAAAGAGACAUUACAAUGAUAAAAUUCAAUCAGACCUGCAGUGCAGUGUUUAUGCAGUUUUUUUUUUUAAAUAAAUGUCAGCAUGAGGUGGAUACUUAACUUUUGAAUAAACUGUCUGAACAUAAACAUGAGCUGUCAUGGAUACAAACUGAACUCUGUAAAGUAUUGAUCAUUGGGUUUUAAAAUGAUGUGACAUGAUCUCUUAAAAUGUAAUAUGUUGCCUUCAUGUCGAAGGGGAUGUCAAUGAUUUCUCAUUGUAUUGAGUAUUUAUUGAACAACUUGUAUUAUCUAUUUAUUUCCAGUGCUGAUUUUUUUUCGUGCAAUAAAUGAUCAUUUGUGUGAAA